CCAAUCUUAAACUUUUUACACGUUUCCCUCACUUUUGAUCUUUCAUCUAGCUGCCCUCAUUUCUGCGAUAAAGUUAUUCAUCUUUCUUAGAUUCACAUCUACUCAACUCCAAUCUGAACAACACAAGAAAAUUCGCAGAGAAAGAGUGCAUUGAUUUUCAACUUUUGCAACACAGAAAUACAUCCAAUUGGGCAAAACUCAGCUACCCAAUUGAAAACUCAUUCCAAAGUUUUCGUCUUUGAAACUUUCCAUUUAGAAGAAGCUCAGAACUUCAAAAGGGUGAGAGUGAAGUGGCAAAGAGACAUAAACAGAGGCAAAGAAACAGAGAAGGAGAGAGAACAACGACACUGUAAUCGCGCAGAUGCAAGAGGACAGUGGAUCGGGGCUUUUUCGUCAUUCAAGUAAGGAUGGAAUCUGGUUGCCGGUCAUAAAAGCUCUGCCGCGAUCCGUGGUGGUUCUCCUCUUCCCCGUCGUGGUCAUCAUCGGCGUGUUGGCUUACACGCGCGUGAUUGACACACCACCUACACUUUCUGGAAUUUCAUCUACCAAAUCUUCAUUAAGCACCACACGUACCUUCAAAAUCCCUUUCAGUGUUCAAAGAGAGACUCCAUUGAACUGCAAUGUAUACAACCUCACAAGAACAUGCCCCACCAAUCAAAACCCAAUCAAAGAGGAUGAUCAGAGCCGUCCAUCCGGUGCCACGUGUCCACAGUUCUUCCGUUGGAUCGAGGAGGACCUGAGACCGUGGGCCUACACAGGCAUAACACAAGAGAUGGUGGAGAGGGCAAAGGCAACAGCAAACUUCAAGUUGGUGAUAUUGAAGGGUAGGGCUUAUUUGGAGACCUACCAAAAGUCCUUCCAAACAAGGGAUGUCUUUACAUUAUGGGGCAUUUUGCAGUUGUUAAGGAGGUACCCUGGAAAAGUUCCUGAUUUGGAACUCAUGUUUGAUUGUGUGGAUUGGCCUGUGGUUUUGGCUAAUCAGUACAGUGGUCCUGUUCCUCAGCAGCCACCACCAUUGUUUCGAUACUGUGGAAAUGAUAAUACCUUGGACAUUGUCUUCCCUGAUUGGUCUUUCUGGGGAUGGGCUGAGGUUAAUAUAAAGCCAUGGGAGAUUUUGUUGGGAGAGUUGAAAGAAGGGAACGAGAGAAUACCAUGGCUCAACAGAGAGCCUUAUGCAUACUGGAAAGGUAAUCCAUCUGUUGCAGAAACCAGAGAAGACCUCAUGAAAUGCAAUGUUUCUCAAAAUCAAGAUUGGAAUGCUCGUUUAUAUGCUCAGGAUUGGAAACGAGAAUCAGAAGAAGGGUUUAAGAAAUCAGAAUUGGCAAGCCAAUGCACUCAUAGAUACAAGGUGUACAUUGAAGGUUCUGCUUGGUCAGUGAGUGAAAAAUAUAUCCUGGCAUGUGACUCCACCACUCUACUUGUGAAGCCACAUUACUAUGAUUUUUUCACAAGAGGACUCAUACCAGGGCACCACUAUUGGCCCAUAAAGGAAGAUGACAAGUGCAGGUCCAUUAAGUUUGCUGUAGAUUGGGGGAACAGUCACAAUCAAAGGGCACAUCAAAUUGGAAAGGCAGCAAGUGAAUUCAUUCAAGAAGAGUUGAAGAUGGAUUUUGUGUAUGAUUACAUGUUUCAUCUUCUGAAUGCAUAUGCUAAACUGUUCACAUACAAACCCUCCAUUAGUGGUAAUGCUACUGAGCUGUGUGUGGAGUCAAUGGUAUGUGGAGCAGAAGGGUUGGAAAAGAAAUUUAUGAUGGAAUCAUUGGUGAAGGGUCCAGCAGACACCGACCCUUGCACCAUGCCUGCCCCUUUUGAUCCUCCAUCUUUGUACGAACAAUUACACAGAAAGAAAAGUUCAAUUCAACUAGUUGAAUCAUGGGAGAGAAGUUACUGGGAGAAUCAAAACAUAACAUCUUAGUGAAUAUUUUUUCCCAUGUUCAACACGCUUUCAAUAUUUCCUCUUUCA